AUGCAACACAUCAAUGCUGCCCAUUGCGACACACGGCGAAAGUCCUUCGUCAUGAACCUGACAAACAACCCCAUUUUGGUAAGUACUGUAGAUGGAUUACUUACUUUAAAUCUCUCAGAGGAACUUCAUGCUUUGAACACUACCACACCAAUGAACAACACGACGAUGGUGACUCCUUUGCUGAACACUACAGCUGAAAUGAGCAAUGCAACAAUUGUGACUCCCUUGAACAUUACUGCUGAAGUGAACAAUAUGACCGUGCAGACUCCUCAGUUGAAAACUACUGAGGAUGCUCAAAUGACAACUUCCUUUGUAGCCCAAAAAACACCCAAAGAAAAUACAGCGAUGUUAGAGACUUCGCAUUCAGAGAAAGACACUGUUGCUAUAAGUCCCAUUUCAGAUGAAGUUUCAGAUUGUGCAUUUUCAACUCUAACGAAUGAUAAAACUUUUCCAAACAGGGUGGCUGAUGACGCUACUACUCAGUCCAACAAUUUGCCAAGAACUAAGGAACCGGAAGCUACAUCGCGAGGGAAUCGAAAUAGAACCGUUUCUUCCACGAGUGACCUUACUGACAGCAGGAAAGAAGUUACUGAAGCAUAUCGUGAAGAAACUGAAACCUUACUUCAGGAUAAUAUUUCUGAAGACACAACUAUAGAUCAAGAAAACUUUACAGAAGUCACAAUUCAAGAAAGAGAAAAAACUUUGAUCCAUAGGGCCCUCACUUCCAAAGAAUUUAUAGAAGGAAUUACUGAAGCUUCAAGAGAGGAAGUUACUGAUGUACAGACUUCAAAUCUAGUUGAAGACGUUUCAGAAGCUACAAUUUCAAAUGGAAAAAACCUUACCGCGGCCGCUUCUGAUAUAGAAAGACUUCCUAAAUCCACUUCAGAUGUAGAAAGAAAUGUUGAAUCCACAACAGAUCCAUUAGCCUCAAAACCAAACACUUUUGCAGAAGCCACAAACCCAGCCUUUGAGAAAAACACUGAAACCAAAAAUCUGCAAAAAACAAGUGAAGCAACAACUUUUAGUCCAGAAAAAGUUACUAAGGACGUAAAGGUUUCCGUAUCCAUGUCAGCCAUAGAUAAAACAACUGAAGCCUCGUCUAUUGACGUAGAAAACGCUACUGAAAUGUCACUUUUAGAACAAGAAACAGUAAUUGAAGCUUCAACCUCUAAUCUAGGAAAAGUUACUGAAGAUACCACUGAAAUCACAGCUUCAGCAACUUCAAGUAUAGAAGAAUGUCAAGGUGUAGAAAACGUUACUGAAAUUUCAUAUUCAGACCUAGGAACACGUAGUACUGAUAUAACUUCAUAUAUAGAGACUAACACUUUAGGUCCAGGAAAUGUAAGUAAAACUUCAGCAUCAGUUAAUGAAAAUGUAAUUUAA